AUGCAUAAGUACAAGCUUCUUUCAAAAAAGGGUGAGGGAACCUUUUCCGAGGUGCUCAAGUCCCAAAGUAUAAAGACGGGGAGAUACGUCGCAAUAAAAUGCAUGAAAAAUCGAUUCGAGAGCAUAGAUCAGGUACUACUCUUUCCUUGCAUAAAAUUGUAUCAAAGAUUCUUGUCUGCUUUGGAUUUACUUUUUCUACUGAUUUUUUUCUUCGUUGAUGAUACUCCUUCUUUGACAAACUCUUUAGGUACUAUCUCAACAUCAAACAACUUGAAACCACCAGGUGAACAACCUGCGAGAGAUUCAGGCGUUGAGGCGGUUACAAGGGCAUGCAAAUAUAAUCACGCUUCACGAAGUCCUGUAUGACGAGCCAACAGGGAGACUAGCAUUAGUUUUCGAAUUGAUGGACAUGAACUUAUACGAGCUUAUAAGGGGAAGAAGGUACAACUCUGACUAUAUAAGGCUUGUGCGUACUCUAUAGGUGUUUGUAGGAGGAGGUUGUAAGAGGAAGAAAGUAUCAGUUUGUAGAUGCGAUCUUCCCGUCCAACUCUGACGGUGUUCACCAAGUAAGAAGACCAACGACUACUACAGUCUUCGAGGAUUGGGCCUCUACUUAUAUGAUUCUUUCUUCCUCCGGAGGUGCAAAGGAUGAACUUUAUAACAACAACAACAACCACCUCUAGUAUAGGUACAAUCAUCAUCAUCUUACACCUAAAUAACUCUACCAGGCAUUACGUUCCAGAGGAGAAAGUAAAAACAUUUAUGCGGUCGUUGUUGAGAGCACUGGAUCAUAUGCAUCGGAACGGCAUUUUCCAUCGUGACGUGAAGCCAGAAAACUUACUCCUCCAGGAGGACACUUUGAAGCUCGCAGAUUUGGGAAGUUGCAGAGGUAUAUUUUUUUUUGAUUUUGGUUCACAUGAUUAGCUUUCGUUUUUCUACUGUUUCGAAUGCUUCUGUGGUUUUGUUCAGAUGGUACUAGUUGCUUCUUGUUUCUUCAUCAUAUGAAAUUGUCAAUAUCGAUUGAUCUUCAGUAGACGUACCACGACGACUGCUCCUACUUAUACUUCUCAACAUGUGAAGAACAUCUUGAACCGAUUCUAAGGUAUCUACUCUCGUCCUCCGUACACGGAGUACAUAUCGACGCGAUGGUAUCGAGCGCCAGAGUGUUUGUUGACAGACGGCUUCUACUCCUACAAAAUGGAUUUGUUUGCAGCAGGCUGUGUGUGGUUCGAAGUUUUAGCGCUGUUCCCGCUCUUCCCAGGACAAAACGAGAUGGACCAGCUUCAGAAAAUCCAUAGUAUCCUAGGCACACCAGCAGAAGACGUUUUACGGAAAUUCAAGUUGAACUCAGACGUAGCGUUUCCGGAGAAGAAAGGUGCUUAGUUGUGUUAAGUACUUUCAUUUGAUGGGAUGACAUCUUAGAUAGUGUAGUUGCUUAGUCUUUUUAGUGGGUGUUCAAUACCACCCGACUCACAUCGUCGGUCGAUUCACAGACGCUUAAGCUCAUCACCUUUAAAACCAUUUCUAUUUUUUGAAAUCAUAUUAACAGGUACUGGCAUCGACCACUUGAUACCGCACGCUAGUGUAGACGUUCUUAGCGUAUUGAAGAAGCUUCUUCGGUACGACCCAGAGGAAAGAAUCACGGCAAGGCAUGGGUACUUCAACUCUUCACAUGAGUAGCGUAUUGUUGUUCUCUCUGUUUCUUAUUCUUUGGUGAAUCAUAUGAAACUCAUUUUUCGCUUAAGCGGUGAAAGUAUUCACUAAUCAGGCGAUAUGGGUCUCGCUUAAGCGGUGAAAGUGGUUACUAAUUAGCCGAUAUGGGUCUCGCUUAAGGUUAAGUGGUGAAUGCGGUCACUACCUAAGCGAGAUGCGUCUCGCUCAAGUGGUGAAUGUUGUCACUACCUGAGCUUGAUGAGUCUUGCCUAAGUGGUGAAUGUGGUCACCAAUUAAGCAAUACCAGGCUCGCUUAAGUAGUGAAUGUGGUCACUCAUCAUAAGCGAUAUGAGUCUCGCUUAAGUGGUGAAUGUGGUCGCUAAGGCAUCGUUAAGUGCUUCGCUAAGUGCUGCGCGAAACACUUGAGGGAACGCUGCGCGAAACACUUAAGGGAAGGGUCGCUUAGGUGCUUCGGUAAGUGCUGCGCGAAACACUUAAGGGAAGGGUCGCUUAGGUGCCACUCGAAGUGCCACGCGAGGCACAUAAGGGAAGGGUCGCUUAGGUGCCACUCUAAGUGCCACCCGAGGCACUUAAGGGGAGCGCCGCUCCGGCGUGUGAGGCACUUGAGGGGAGCGUCGCUUAAGUGCCUCCUUAAGUGCCUUGCGAGGCACUUAUGGGAAGUACCGCUCCGCCGUGCGAGGCACUUAAGAGGACGCGUCGUUAAGGUGCCUCGUUGAGUGCCACGCGAGGCACUCAGGGUACCCUUUGCUUAUAAGUGCUGCUUAAUUACGAAAACCUCUUGUAACUACUCAACUUAUCUACAAAAAAAACAGGUUACUCUCGCCAUAUUUUGAGGAAGUACCCGAGAGAACAGUGCCGCUUCACACAACAGGGAUGGAACAAGGCGCACCAAGCAGCACGUUCUGUACUAUCGACAACAAUAGCAUUUCUUACUUCCAAAUCCAUUUGAAUUUCCCUGAAGUGUCCGGAUAUGCUUUGCUCUUGCUCUAUUCAGCUGCGUAUACUAAUUCUUAUGAAAUUAUGAUAAUCUUCAACCUUCCUUCACCCUCUACCGAUUCUUCAGAUCGAACGGGUGGUGCUCAGUCCCAAGCGGAAAGCCGGGAAGAAGACCAUAUGUCUCAGAAGACCAACCUUCCGCCAAUUCAUGGUGCCAAGGGAGGCGCCAAACACAUGAAGCCCUUCAAAUUCAAGCCGAAAAACUUCGGUCUCCAUAGCACAAUGUCCGGAGGCUUCAGUGGGCACCAUUACGGCACUUACAGAUAUUGUUUUUAACUUCGAGAGUAGAAGUUGUGCUAGUGCUAUAUCUCGUUCUCGACAGGGUCUGGAGGAUGUGCCUAAUCCUUUUUGUAGUAGAUGUACAUUAGUACCUACAGCAACCACAACUUAAAUAGAGGACAUAGAAACAUGCUUCCAGAAUGACAACGAGAUGUACCAUUUUUGUUUGGUUCCUUCCUUCUCUAACAUCCGCAGCACGGCAACAAUACGCAGCAUGGGAACGCGUAUCUUUCGGGGAUGAACGCGACCAUGCACAAAAGCAAGUUCUUUAAGAAGAGCAGUAUCCGUUAGAAGAGUUUGCUCUAUAUAAGAGUAGCACUGGAUUAAGUAUUGUGUGAUCCAAUACCUGCGUGCGAUGGAUCACACCAAGAUCAAGUAUCGUGACUUUGAAUCUAGUCGAACAUCUAAUCGAUGAAUCAUUAAUAGGAGCCUUGUAUUUAUAUCUUUUAAUCUUAAUCAAUCUAGUAGAAAUCUAAUAGACAGAUUUAAUCAAUCUUGAAACGAGUGCAUUAACUUGAUAAUUUUCAAACACGAGAUAAAUCGAUAUUUUACCUUAUGAUAUCAAGCAACAAGAAGGCUGACGACGCGGCUUCACUUACAAUUACAGAUCUGAAUUCCAAUAGAACAAUCCAAAGGUCGUGGUAGACGUUUCCAAAAAAAUGAUGGUUUCCCUUAAAAUCAGAGCCAAGAAAUCAAAUGAUAGAUAGGUCGUUUCCUCCUUAACUAAAUUUCUCAGUAGCAAUACUUGCAUCACAUCAAACAAAUAAAUGAAUCUUCUUCAUGUUGCUCAUGUUGCUAUUAUUUGUUAUUUCAUGUUAGCUAUUUCAAAGUAGUACUGAAUUGUCCAUAUCAGGUCGUAGAUGAGAAGGACUAGAAGUUCAUUGUGAUAUCGAUGAAAAGUAGUUCAGAUUUUUCAGCAUAAUGGUUGCUGAUGAAAGAACUUAGAACUCUACCUUGCUCUUCUAGUACUACACGUAGUACAUAGUCCUAUUACUUAUUGUGUCUCGACCAGCUGAACUCCGUACGGUCGCGACAUUUCUCGACACUUAUCAUGCCUUUUCAGAAGUAUCUGUUUAGCUGUUUACUAGUUGUAUCUCAUAGUAUAGACUUGGAUAGUACCCUUCAGAUGAAAUUGAUCUUGUUACUCUUCGCGAAUAACAGACUGACAAAGCGGUAGGACAAGGAGAGAAGGAAAUACUAAAUGACGCAGGUACGACACAACU